GCGCCGCCGCCGCCGCCUGCACCUGGAUCACUGCCGCCUCAGAUCCCUUCAUGUGGCUGUGAGCUCCGAGGCCCAGGCCAAGCAUGAAGACCAGGCUUCCCCCAGCGCUCGCCAUCCUGGGUGCCGCCCUGCUCCUGUCUUCCACUGAGGCAGAAGUUGACCCACCUUCAGACUUGAAUUUUAAAAUAAUAGAUGAAAAUACUGUUCAUAUGUCAUGGGCAAGACCAGUUGAUCCAAUUGUGGGUUAUAGAAUAACAGUGGAUCCUACAACAGAUGGGCCAACUAAAGAAUUUACCCUUGCAGCUGAUACCACUGAAACUUUAUUAUCAGAUCUAAUACCUGAAAUAGAGUAUGUGGUGACAAUCACUUCAUAUGAUGAAGUAGAAGAAAGUGUACCAGUUAUAGGUCAACUAACAAUUCAAACAGGUGGUCCUAUGAAGCCAGGGGAGAAGAAACCUGGAAAAACAGAGAUACAAAAAUGCUCUGUCAGUGCCUGGACUGAUUUAGUGUUCCUUGUGGAUGGCUCAUGGAGUGUGGGAAGGAAUAAUUUCAAGUACAUUUUAGACUUUAUUGCUGCUCUCGUGUCUGCCUUUGACAUCGGGGAAGAGAAGACAAGGGUUGGAGUCAUUCAGUACAGCACUGAUACCAGGACUGAAUUUAACUUAAACCAGUACUACCAAAGGGAUGAGCUUCUUGCUGCAAUUAAAAAAAUCCCAUACAAAGGUGGCAACACAAUGACAGGGGAUGCCAUUGAUUAUCUAAUUAAAAAUACUUUCACGGAAUCUGCUGGAGCAAGAGUUGGCUUUCCUAAAGUGGCAAUCAUUAUUACGGACGGCAAAUCCCAGGAUGAAGUGGAAGUUCCAGCCAGGGAGCUCCGCAGCAGCGGGGUGGAAGUUUUCUCUUUGGGCAUUAAAGCUGCAGAUGCAAAAGAACUCAAACAAAUUGCCUCCACACCUUCCCUAAACCACGUUUUCAACGUGGCCAACUUUGAUGCAAUUGUGGAUAUUCAGAAUGAGAUCAUCUCCCAGGUGUGCUCAGGUGUUGAUGAACAACUUGGUGAAUUGAUUAGUGGAGAAGAAGUUAUCGAACCUCCCUCAAAUUUGGUUGCCACGGAAGUUUCAUCAAAAUACAUGAAGCUAAGUUGGACUCCAUCCCUAAGCCCAGUGACUGGCUAUAAAGUCCUCCUUAUACCAAUGACCACUGGCAGCCGACAGCAUGCUCUGAGUGUGGGGCCUCAGACGACCACACUCAGUGUUCGCGACCUCUCAGCAGACACAGAAUACCAGAUCAGUGUUUCAGCCAUGAAGGGUCUGACAUCUAGUGAACCUGUUUCAAUAAUGGAGAAGACUCAGCCAAUGAAAGUUCAAGUGGAAUGCUCACGUGGUGUGGAUAUAAAAGCUGAUAUUGUAUUUUUGGUUGAUGGCUCCUAUAGCAUCGGGAUUGCCAACUUUGUUAAAGUUAGAGCCUUUUUGGAAGUUCUCAUAAAAAGUUUUGAGAUUUCACCAAAUAGGGUACAGAUAAGUCUUGUCCAGUACAGCCGGGAUCCUCAUACUGAGUUUACUUUGGAAAAAUUCACCAAAGUUGAAGAUAUAAUUGAAGCAAUAAACACCUUCCCCUACAGAGGAGGAUCUACAAACACUGGGAAAGCAAUGACUUAUGUCAGAGAGAAAAUAUUUGUGCCUAGCAAGGGAUCAAGAAGCAACGUACCAAAGGUCAUGAUUCUUAUCACUGAUGGCAAAUCUUCAGAUGCUUUCAGAGAUCCUGCUAUAAAGCUAAGAAAUUCAGACGUUGAAAUCUUUGCAGUUGGUGUGAAAGAUGCCGUCCGCUCAGAAUUGGAAGCUAUUGCCUCUCCUCCUGCUGAGACCCAUGUGUUCACAGUGGAAGAUUUUGAUGCUUUUCAGAGGAUAUCUUUUGAACUCACACAGUCCAUCUGCCUUAGAAUUGAGCAAGAGUUAGCAGCUAUAAAGAAAAAAGCUUAUGUGCCUCCAAAGGAUCUUAGCUUUUCUGAGGUGACUUCUUACAGUUUUAAAACUAACUGGUCCCCUGCUGGAGAAAAUGUUUUUUCCUACCACAUCACCUAUAAAGAAGCUACUGGGGAUGACGAGGUCACGGUGGUGGAGCCAGCGACCAGCACCAGCGUCGUUCUCAACAACCUGAAGCCAGAGACCCUGUACUUGGUCAAUGUGACUGCGGAGUAUGAGGAUGGCUUCAGCAUUCCCUUGGCUGGAGAGGAGACCACCGAAGAAGUAAAAGGAGCACCUCGAAAUCUACAAGUGACAGAUGAGACUACAGAUAGCUUUAAAAUUACCUGGACUCAAGCUCCAGGGAGAGUGUUAAGGUACCGAAUUAUAUAUAGACCAACUGCUGGCGGAGGAAGCAAAGAAGUUACCACUCCAGCCAAUCAAAGGAGAAAAACCUUGGAGAACCUGACUCCAGACACAAAAUAUGAAGUCUCUGUAAUUCCUGAAUAUGUCUCCGGACCCGGCUCUCCAUUGACUGGAAAUGCAGCCACGGAAGAAGUUAGAGGGAACCCAAGAGACUUAAGAGUUUCUGACCCUACCACAUCAUCUAUGAAAUUAUCUUGGAGUGCGGCACCAGGAAAAGUGAAACAGUAUCUGGUCACGUACACCCUAGUGGCAGGAGGUGAAACUCAAGAGGUCACUGUGAGGGGCGACACAAUCAACGCUGUUCUGAGGGGAUUAAACGAAGGGACAAAAUACACCUUAUCCGUGACGGCCUUGUAUGCCUCUGGGGCCGGCGAUGCCCUUUUUGGAGAAGGAACAACACUUGAAGAGCGUGGAUCAGCUCGGGAUUUAAUUACUAAAGAUAUCACGGACACAUCAAUCGGGGCUUAUUGGACCUCUGCUCCGGGAAUGGUUCGAGGUUACAGGGUCUCGUGGAAAUCGCUUUAUGAUGAUGUUGAGGCUGGAGAGAAAAAUCUUCCUGAAGAUGCAAUUCAUACGGUGAUAGAAAACCUGCAGCCGGAGACCAAAUACAAACUUUCAGUAUUUGCCGUUUACAGCAGUGGAGAAGGAGAACCUUUGAAUGGAGAAGCCACAACUGAAUUGUCCCAAGACUCGAGAACCUUGAAAGUGGAUGAAGAAACAGAAAACACAAUGAGAGUUACCUGGAAACCAGCGCCAGGGAAAGUUGUCAACUACCGGGUUGUGUACCGCCCCCGCGGGGGAGGAAGACAAAUGGUGGCCAAAGUGUCACCCACAGUCACCUCGACAGUCCUAAAGCGGCUGAAACCCCAGACCACGUACAACAUCACAGUCCUCCCCAUUUACAAGACAGGAGAAGGAAAGCUUAGGCAAGGAUUGGGAACAACAGCUUCUCGAUUUAAGUCACCCAGAAACCUCAAAACAUCUGACUCAACCAUGUCCAGCUUCCGAGUGACUUGGGAGCAUGCUCCCGGGGAAGUGAAGGGUUACAAAGUCACGUUCCACCCGACAGGGGAGGAGAGGACACUGGGAGAGUUAGUGGUUGGACCUUAUGACAACACAGUUGUUUUGGAGGAACUUAGGGCAGGUACCACCUACAAGGUGAAUGUUUUUGGAAUGUUCGAUGGAGGAGAAAGUUCACCACUUGUGGGACAAGAAAUGACAACCCUUUCUGACACAACUGUAAUCCCAUAUUUAUCCUCUGGGAUGGAGUGUCUCACCAGAGCUGAAGCAGACCUCAUGUUGCUGGUGGACGGAUCGUGGAGCAUCGGCCGGGCAAAUUUUAGAACUGUGAGGAGUUUCAUUUCUCGCAUUGUGGAGGUCUUUGAGAUUGGCCCCAAAAGAGUACAGAUUGGCCUCGCUCAGUACAGUGGGGACCCCAGAACAGAAUGGCAGUUAAACACUCACAAAGACAAGAAGAGUUUGCUGCAAGCGGUGGCAAACUUACCGUACAAAGGAGGCAACACGCUCACAGGCAUGGCUUUGAAUUUCAUUCGCCAACAGAGCUUCAAAACCCAAGCUGGAAUGAGGCCCAGAGCUAGAAAAAUUGGUAUUCUUAUCACCGACGGAAAGUCCCAAGAUGAUGUGGAGGCACCUGCCAAGAAACUCAGGGAUGAAGGCGUAGAGCUGUUCGCUGUUGGUAUCAAAAAUGCGGACGAGCUUGAGUUGAGGAUGAUCGGAUCGGAUCCCGAUGAGAUCCACGUAUACAAUGUGGCAGAUUUUGAGUCGCUCUCCAGGAUCGUGGACGACCUCACCAACAACUUGUGCAACAGUGUCAAGGGCCCAGGUGACUUGGAAGCGCCUUCUAAUCUAGUUAUUUCAGAGCGAACUCAUCGUUCCUUUAAAGUGAGCUGGACACCUCCUUCUGACAGUGUGGAUAGAUAUAAGGUGGAAUACUACCCAGUUUCUGGAGGGAAACGUCAAGAAUUUUAUGUGAGCCGACUGGAAAGUAGCACAGUACUGAAAGAUCUGAAGCCUGAAACUGAGUAUGUUGUGAACGUGUAUUCGGUAGUAGAAGACGAAUAUAGUGAGCCUCUGAAGGGCACAGAAAAAACCUUGCCUGUCCCUGUAAUCAGCCUGAAUAUUCAUGAUGUUGGCCCUACCACCAUGCAUGUGCAGUGGCAGCCAGUGGGAGGGGCUACUGGCUACACUUUGACAUACGAACCCCUCAACGCCACAGAACCGACAAAACCCAAAGAGAAGCGCGUUGGGCCAGCAGUGAAUGAUGUGCAGCUCACUGACCUCUUUCCCAACACCGAGUACAUGGUCACGGUCCAGGCCGCCCUGCAUGACCUCACGAGUGAACCGGUCACUGCUCGGGAAGUCACCUUGCCUUUACCCAAACCUCGAGACCUGAAACUCAGAGACGUGACCCACAGCACCAUAAAUGUCUCCUGGGAACCUGCACCUGGAAAAGUCCGAAAAUACAUUGUUCGCUACAGAACACCAGACGAGGAUGUCAAACAGGUAGAGGUGGACAGAUCACAGACCAACAUCCCUCUCAAAGACCUCACCUCACAAACCUUGUACACAGUCAGCGUCUCGGCCGUGUAUGAUGAGGGGCUGUCUCCUCCAGUGUCUGCUCAAGAAAAAACCCACAAGGUGCCAGCCCCAACAAACCUACAGAUUACAGACGUAACCACAGAGAGCUUCAGAGGAACUUGGGAUCAUGCGGCUUCAGACGUCUCUCUCUACAGAGUAACCUGGGCACCUUUUGGAAGCUCAGAUAAGAUGGAGGUAGUCUUAAAUGGAGAUGAGAAUACUUUGGUUUUUGAAAACUUGAACCCAAACACUCUCUAUGAAGUUUCUGUGACUGCCAUCUAUCCUGAUGAGUCAGAAAGUGAUGGGUUGACUGGUAGUGAGCGCACAAUGCGUGUGAAACCCGCACCAACUCAAGCUCCAAAAAGUGGUCCACGCAACCUUCAGGUGUACAAUGCGACCUCUAACAGCUUGACCGUUAAGUGGGAUCCUGCUAGUGGCCGCGUGCAGAAAUACAGAAUCAUUUACCGCCCUCCCAUAGGUGAAGGCAGUGAACAAACGACCACAGUAGGGGGAAGACAGAACAGUGUGCUCCUGCAGAAACUGAAGCCUGACAUUCCUUACGAGAUCACUGUGACCUCCCUGUAUUCUGAUGGCGAAGGAGGUCACAUGACGGGAACAGGCAAGACCAAACCUCUGAACACUGUGCGGAACCUGAGAGUGUAUGACCCCUCUACCAGUUCCUUGAACGUUCGCUGGGACCACGCGGAUGGAAAUCCUCGUCAGUACAAGCUCUUCUAUGCACCAACAGGAGGUGGCCCCGAGGAGCUGGUACCUAUCCCUGGGAAUACCAAUUAUGCCAUUCUUAGGAAUCUGCAGCCAGACACCCCGUACACUAUCACAGUAGUUCCCUCUUACACUGAAGGUGAUGGAGGGCGCACCUCAGACACUGCAAGGACAUUGGUGAGAGGAUUGCCGAGAAACGUCCAAGUGUACAACCCCACGCCCAACAACCUGGACGUGCGCUGGGACCCUGCCCCUGGGCCUGUGCAGCAGUAUCGCAUUGUGUACACUCCUGUGGAUGGCACCAGACCCUCGGAAUCUAUUGUGGUGCCGGGAAAUACCCGCACGGUGCACCUGGAUCGGCUGAUUCCGGACACACCCUAUUCCGUGAACGUGGUGGCUCUCUACUCGGAUGGAGAGGGGAACCCCAGCCCCGCCCAGGGCCGAACUCUGCCUCGGAGUGGACCAAGAAAUCUGAGAGUCUUUGGGGAGACAUACAGGAUCAUUUACUCUCCCACCGUCGGCGAUCCAAUCGAUGAAUACACCACUGUCCCAGGCAGGAGGAACAAUGUAAUACUGCAGCCCCUGCAAUCUGAUACUCCAUAUAAAAUUACUGUUAUUCCUAUUUAUGAAGAUGGAGAUGGUAGCCAUCUAACAGGAAAUGGAAGAACUGUGGGACUACUUCCACCUCAGAACAUACACAUCUCUGAUGAAUGGUAUACAAGAUUCAGGGUAUCUUGGGAUCCUUCGCCCUCUCCGGUUCUUGGAUAUAAAAUUGUGUAUAAGCCAGUGGGUUCCAAUGAGCCCAUGGAAGUCUUUGUUGGAGAAGUGACCUCAUACACGUUACACAAUCUCAAUCCCAGCACCAUUUAUGAUGUAAAUGUUUAUGCUCAGUAUGAUUCUGGACUCAGUGUCCCCCUGACGGAUCAAGGCACUACAUUGUAUUUAAAUGUGACAGAUCUGAACCCUUACCAGGUCGGGUGGGACACAUUCUGUGUUAGAUGGUCACCUCACCGGGCAGCCACCUCCUACAGGCUAAAGCUAAACCCUGCAGAUGGAACGAGAGGACAGGAAAUUACAGUGCGUGGAUCAGAAACCAGUCACUGCUUCACUGGCCUUACACCAGACACCGACUACGGCGUCACUGUUUUCGUGCAGACACCAAACCUCGAGGGUCCUGGUGUCUCUGUCAGAGAACACACCACCUUAAAACCAACAGAAGCCCCUACUGAGCCACCCACACCUCCUCCCCCUCCCACAAUUCCACCUGCUCGAGAUGUAUGCAAAGGGGCCAAGGCAGAUAUUGUAUUCUUGACUGAUGCCUCCUGGAGUAUCGGGGAUGACAAUUUUAACAAAGUUGUAAAGUUCAUCUUCAAUACUGUGGGAGCCUUUGAUGAAAUCAAUCCUGGUGGAAUUCAGGUCUCAUUUGUGCAGUACAGUGAUGAAGUCAAGUCUGAGUUCAAGCUGAACACGUACAAUGACAAGGCCCAAGCCCUCGGGGCCCUCCAGAAUAUUAGGUACAGAGGAGGAAACACCAGAACAGGCAAGGCUCUCACGUUUAUCAAGGAAAAGGUCUUGACCUGGGAGAGUGGCAUGAGGAAGAAUGUCCCCAAAGUGCUGGUUGUGGUCACAGACGGUCGGUCGCAGGACGAGGUGAAGAAAGCCGCUUCGGUCAUCCAGCAGUCAGGGUUCAGUGUCUUUGUCGUUGGUGUGGCUGAUGUGGAGUACAACGAGCUUGCCAAUAUUGCUAGCAAACCAAGCGAGCGGCACGUGUUCAUUGUGGAUGACUUUGAAUCUUUUGAGAAGAUAGAGGACAACCUCAUCACAUUUGUCUGUGAAACUGCCACCUCAAAUUGCCCUCUCAUUUAUUUGGAUGGCUACACCUCACCAGGUUUUAAGAUGCUUGAAGCAUACAACCUCACGGAGAAGAAUUUUGCUUCCGUCCAAGGCGUCUCUUUGGAGUCAGGGUCUUUCCCCAGCUACUCCUCCUACAGGCUUCAGAAGAACGCCUUCGUCAAUCAGCCCACAGCAGAUCUACACCCAAAUGGACUCCCUCCUUCAUACACGAUUAUAUUAUUGUUCAGACUUCUCCCAGAAUCUCCCAGUGACCCUUUCGCAAUUUGGCAAAUCACAGACAGAGACUACAAACCACAAGUUGGAGUGAUUGCAGAUCCUUCUAGCAAGACAUUAUCAUUCUUUAACAAGGAUACAAGAGGUGAGGUGCAGACUAUUACAUUCGACACAGAAGAAGUGAAGUCAUUAUUUUAUGGAAGUUUUCAUAAGGUUCAUAUCGUAGUGACCUCAAAAAGUAUUAAGAUUUACAUCGACUGCUAUGAAAUUAUAGAAAAAGACAUCAAGGAAGCUGGAAAUAUCACAACUGAUGGUUAUGAAAUUCUUGGGAAACUACUUAAAGGGGAGAGGAAAUCAGCCACAUUCCAAAUCCAGAAUUUCGAUAUCGUCUGCAGUCCGGUGUGGACCAGUAGAGACAGAUGCUGUGAUAUUCCCUCAAGGAGAGAUGAAGCAAAAUUGAACCUCACAUUUUCAAAUAAACGUCAAGAUUUGCUAACAAUUAAGAAAGUUCACAAUGGAGGACCUGGUGCUAAAGGUCCCAGAGGUGAAAGAGGCAUCAAUGGGGCAGUCGGGCCCCCUGGUCCUCGUGGGGAUUCAGGUCCUCCAGGCCCCCAGGGUCCUCCAGGUCCCCAGGGCCCCAACGGACUCUCUAUUCCGGGAGAACAAGGUCGCCAAGGGAUGAAGGGCGAUGCUGGAGAGCCAGGACUUCCCGGCCGAGCGGGAACCCCAGGACUACCUGGCCCACCAGGACCCAUGGGACCACCAGGAGAUAGAGGCUUUACUGGAAAAGAUGGUGCAAUGGGACCCAGGGGUCCACCUGGGCCACCGGGAACCCCAGGCUCCCCAGGAGUGUCAGGACCGAGCGGGAAGCCAGGCAAGCCCGGAGACCACGGCAGGCCAGGUGCCUCUGGAUUGAAAGGAGAGAAAGGCGAUAGAGGAGACAUGGCUUCUCAGAACAUGAUGCGGGCAGUUGCAAGACAAGUCUGUGAACAAUUGAUAAAUGGUCAGAUGAACAGAUUCAAUCAAAUGCUAAAUCAGAUUCCAAAUGAUUACCACUCCAAUCGGAACCAGCCCGGCCCACCAGGUCCUCCAGGUCCCCCGGGCAGCGCAGGAGCCAGGGGAGAACCCGGACCUGGGGGGCGACCAGGCUUCCCGGGCACGCCGGGCAUGCAGGGUCCCCCGGGGGAACGAGGUUUGCCAGGAGAGAAAGGCGAAAGGGGUAUUGGGUCUCCAGGGGCUCGAGGUCCGCCUGGCCCCCCAGGUCCACAAGGAGAAUCCAGAACGGGUCCACCAGGGUCCACAGGUUCCAGAGGUCCCCCAGGCCCCCCUGGUCGUCCUGGAAACUCAGGUAUCCGAGGACCCCCAGGUCCUCCUGGAUACUGUGACUCAUCCCAGUGUGCCAGCAUCCCCUACAACGGGCAAGGCUAUCCAGAGCCAUACGUGCCCGAGGGCGGGGCCUACCUGCCUGAGCGCGAGCCCUUCAUCGUGCCGGUGGAGCCGGAGCGGACCGAGGAGUACGAGGACUACGGCGCCGACGAGCCUGCCCAUGAGCAUCCUCCGCACGCGCGCUGGCGGCGCGCCCUGCCCCGCGGCCUGGGGCCGUGAACCUGAGACGGCGCCCAGGGAGGCCAGGCUGGGGGAGGUGUUGAGAUUAUCAUUUACAGGUCAAAUAGAGCAGUGCACACCGUAUCUGCGAUGUUUCUUCCGGCGACGCUUCGUCCAAGAGUCCCCCUUCUUACUGUAGAGAACCUUGUUUCUGCAGGAAGCCUAGCCAGCCGCGCGCGCGCAGUCUGUAGGCGUCUUUGCUUUCGCCCUUGAAAUGCUUGCAAAACGCUUUGUUCACAAAAGCUGCAAGGAGAGAACGUGCCUGGUGCCUUUCGUUAGCACAGCGGGCAGCCUCAGUGAAACUCUUAGGUUGAACAGUGAGUCCUGGAACCCAGAACUACUGUAUAUUUCGAGAGGGCAGUUUAUCUUUUCCAAUACUUAUUUGCAAUUCAAUUACACCACGAUUCAAGGAAUGCCCCUCCUAAACCAAAAAGGAGGGCAAGGUCAACUGCAUCGCACAUACUUAUCUUCCUCUUCUAGCUUCUGUUACACAUUAUGGCAUAGAAUGCUCUUAUACAUCUCCUUUAACAACCACAAACUUUAAGCCAUGUAGCUGAAAUGAUUGUAUCAACUGGAUACAACUUCAUAUUGCCUUAAACCUCCUUGUUGUAGACACACUAACAUUUAUGCCAAAUUGCAGAUUAUUCUGCAGAGAUGGAAUUGCAUGUUUGUGUUGUAUAUUUAGUAUGAACUUUUUUUUUUUUCAGAACAUGUUUCUUAGUUAUCAAAAGCAGUUGGAAAUGUUUGCAAGACUAUGAACAUAGAAUUGCUGCUUUUAUAUUUUAACUGCAGAUUGUGAAUUUCACUGCCUUAUAUUAUUUAUUUCUGAAACAAAAGAGGCAUUUUUCAAUAAAACUACUGAAAAUUUGA